AUUUACGAAUCGUUUAAUUAAUUAUUGCAAUUGUCUAAACAAAUUGAUGCACGGUACAUUAAAAGUAGAUUAUUAGUCUAUAUUUUCUUCAUACGAUCGCAUUACCUUCUUCAAAACAAACAUUUUGAUUUUUCAUUUAGGAGACAAGACAAUGUUUUCUAUCAAAUACGUACAUAAAAAUGUUUCAGAGCUUGUUUUAUUAACAGUGAUGUACACUUGGACAAGUGGGUCAAAGGGGUCCUAUGUACCAGAAGGAAGGUUUUGCAAGACCUGAAGCAAACCAUUGAGUCAUAGGGUUGUUACAGACUAUGCUUUUUACUUUUACUGGAGUAGAUUUAUGAAGAAAAAACAGUACUCUUACUCCGCUACAUUAGGCUAUACUGAGCUCGUUACUCGUUACAGAGGUACUGGAUAAAGCUUUAGCUAUAUUCUCUAUUCGCUAUAGAUCCAUGAUCCAGUAUCUCUACUUUUAUUUUGUCAGAGAGUGACUUCCGCCCAAGGCUCUACCGCGCGACUGUAACCAAUAAAAUAUAGCCCUUGCUGCUCAGUCUCGUCACGUGACCAUACUCGAUCUCGGCGGCGGGACGGAUUAGUUCAGCGGUCAAUAUCCACCACAGCAAAAAAAAAAAAAAAGCCAAAAAAAUGGCAGAAUCAACGGUCAGCAAAGACAAGGAGGCACACCUUGGCCUCAUAUUGAAAGUAUGUUUAGGUUACAAACAUAGCGAAACAGCAGUUUCAUCAUGCUGUGUCGGCCCAAACAUACGGAUAUUACAGCUUUCAAAAGCUCAUCGUCCAACCUGAGGAAACAUGUUGCGGUGUGUUCCACAACGAUGUCAAAUAUGCAGAACCUGACUGAACUUUCCAUCACCAACAACACAUCCAACAAAAGCCUGUCUGUGAUCAUCAAGGUGUGCGUGGUCAUCCCUUUCUUCUGUGUCUUCCUGUUCUGCAUCGCCAUCAUGCUGCACAUCUUUGCCUCCCACAGGCACUACCUGGACACGUCGCGCUACAUACUAUUUGCCUACAUGCUGGUCAAUGACGCCCUGCAACUCUUGUCCUCUGUGUUGCUGUUUCUUUUUGUCAUGGGCCAGGUGAGAUUAGCCAUCGUGUACUGCAUCCCUCUGCUCUUCAUUUCCACAGCCACCUUCCAAAACACACCCUUGAUCCUGGCCACGAUGGCGCUGGAGCGUUACAUUGCCAUUUUCUAUCCUCUGCGGCCUCCACCAGCCUGGAGAUCUGAUCGAAUCUGGAUCAUAAUUGUUUCCCUUUGGUCCAUUAGCUGUUUGUUCCCCAUUAUUGACUUCUCCAUUGGGGAACGUGAUCCUUCAAUUGACGUCCUAUCCACUCCAGUACUUUGCAAAACCAUCGUUGUUAACCCCAGCCCCCUCCAAACUCUGUUCAAAGCUGCUGUUAGUGUGCUUUUCUUUGCAGUGGUCGCUGUUGUCAUCCUCUUCACAUAUGUCAGGAUCCUAUUGGAAACAAGGAAGCUGAGACAGGACAGACUGUCCGUCGGCAAAGCCAUGCACACAGUGCUGCUGCAUGCCUUUCAGUUGUUGCUGUGCAUGUUGGCCUUCACCCACCCCAUCACAGAGACACUCAUAGUGCUGCACACAAAGUGGCAACCAGAGGACAUUGCCUUCUUCAAUUAUUUUUGCUUCAUCCUUAUACCACGAUUCCUCAGCCCACUCAUAUACGGCUUUAGAGAUCAGUGUCUUAGGGCACACAUUGGCACAAAGUUCCUCUGCUGCUCAAGGAAAACAAAACCAAUUUUCUAAGGGUUUGCCUGUGAAGUUAAACAUUUCUUACACGUCACCUGCUGAUGGAGUGUACAUUGGUCCUUAGCAAUGCACUCACAAUUUUCAAAUCUAGUCUAAUUUAGAAAAAUGUAUAUAUUUAAUUUUUACUGACCUCUGAGUUCAUAUGUCACUAUUUUAUCCCAGACUGUGAGCUGUCAGUAAUGAUUAAGCUCUGGUUAAAGUUGUUAUAACUAAAAAUGCUGAGAAGCACAGCAGUCAUCUUAAACACCAAAGCAAAUUAUAAACAUAUCAAUAACAUCUAACAAACAUGUAGGUUUAGGUAAGCAAAAAUGGUUGGUGAACUCUCAUAGUACUAGUUAACAUCAUUCAGGUUUAAUUUAGAGUCCUCAAAAAUGCAGACAAUUACAAUUCAUUUUUAAUAUGUUUCAUGUAGGACAAACCUGAUUUUUGUCUGUGUCCCUAAAUAGAAGAGGAUAUUCUGUUUAUUCUGUUAAUUUUAUGGUCUAAUAAACCUUUAGUGGUAUGCCUCAAUUAAGAACAUAUUCACUCUACAAUCAGUCAUUAACUUUUCCUUUUUAAUAUACCUACAUGUCAUCAACAUACUUCACACCUAUCUCUGGUGCAACAACCACCGUCGUAACUAAAUAUUAGCCUAGACGUUGAUACAUCAGACGUAUUACAGGCCGCAGAAGUAUGGGUGUUUUAAUCGGAAAAUAGAAUUUCCCAGCAUGCAACGGAUACGUAUCACUGUAUUAUUACGAUAAAAUAAAGAUCAGUGUGGAUUAAACUAAGCAACUUCUUGUCAAUUUACAUAUGCUGUUACCGCUAGCAUUUGGACUUAAUUAUAAUUUUUUUUUAAACCAUGACCAAAAUGGUUAAAGUAUUAGCAAUACUAUAAAUACUGUUGGUUCAGCCUUACGUACUUCCGUGGGAGGAAGCUCAUUGUAGAGGUCACGUGCCGAGUACUUGUUACUCCACCAAUCACCUUGGGGAAGGUCUGAGACAAGAGCCAAUAGUUGCCCUAGCAGGGUAGCGUCUGACAGAGGCGAGCGGCUAACUAGCAACAUGGUUGUACGUGAACGGAUUGAACAG